UUUCCAUUUCUGACAAAGCUAAUGUCAAAGAGGUUUUUCCACAAUAAUUUAACGCCGAAGUUUUAUUAAUUUUCCUCAUUAAUCUCCGCUAUUCAUCUCCAGUUACUAUAUCGUGACAGCUAUUACGUUUAUUUGUGUAUUAUUCGCCAGUGAAACCGCCGGAAAUCAUGAUAGUUCGCCAUAUUGCUAUUAAUAUUGCCCGAAGCUAAAGGGCCAUUUUUUUAAUGAUAGUGUAAAAAUCUUUGUGUAUAACCGAGACAUUGAUAAAGUUAUGACGUGUUAGUGCAGUGUGUGGUUAUCGAGAAGCGUUUCUAAUUACAAGUCAAAAUGGAGGAGGUGAAGCUAGAACCGACUCCUCAACCAGUGAUGAAGUUCAUCAGCGUGACCAGCGAGGUCCUCACAGAGGAACAGAGAGAAAUGUACGAAUCUGUCCUCUCAACAUGGAAGCCGGUCAUGUUCCCCAAACGGAUUAAAAGAUACAUAUGUAAUAAGUGUAACAAGGAGUUCAAAAACUACCAAAACCUUUACCUUCAUACUACCAGAGUGCACUCUUCCGAAGAGUCAGCAGUCAUCUGUGAUAUUUGUGACAAGACCUUUAAAAACAAACAUUAUUUGUACAUGCAUCGGAUGAACAAACAUUACUCCGAACUUGAGAAGUGUUACUGUCAGUUCUGCCUCCAAGAAUUCCGCACCAGAAGAGCUCUGCACAUGCAUGUUAAGAAAAUACACCCUAAUACGCUACCUGAGAUUAAGUGUAACGAGUGUGGCAAGGAAUUCUCGGUACCUUACAAACUGAAGUACCACAUCGAGUCUUGUCACAGGGUGGAUAAAGAAAAGUAUAAGUGCCACCUCUGCCAUAAGCUAUAUAAAUCCAGUUUGAACUUAAACAGACAUCUUCACUUCCAACACAUGCCUGUGGAAAGACACCCUUGUGUCUUCUGCAACAUGACGUUCAAAUCUCGUCAUCAUAUGAAAAGACAUGUCCUAAAUAUCCAUCCUCCUUUAGAAUCGAAAGUAACCUGCCCCGAAUGCUUGAAAGAGUUCAAAAACGAUCAGUACCUAAAAGAGCAUAUGCAGGUACAUUCUUCUCUAGAUUCGAAGGUCAAAUGCGAUAUUUGUGACAAAUUCUUCCACUCAGCUAUUCGUCUAAAAAAACAUAAGAAGAUCGUGCACCCUUCGAAGCCUAAACUUCGUUGCGAAAAGUGUGACAAAGAGUUUGCUCACGCUCAUUAUUUGCGUCGGCAUUUUAACGCUGUGCACUUAGAAAUUGAUGAAACAAAUUAUCCUCAUUCUUGUGACCAGUGUGGGAAGAAAUUUAAGCUGAAGAAGUAUUUGAAUAAUCAUUUGCAAAGACAUGAACAGCAGCAUUUGAAAAGGAUUUCUCAAAUGGUGAAGACUGUUAUGGGGGAUGACAAGGAUGGGGCUGCUAAGAGGAGGGGCAGACCACGGAAGGCACGCGCGGAGAUUGAGUUUAUCAAGUGCGAGCCGGUUUCUAGUUCAGAUUCCGAGUCCGGGGAAACGGAAAGUGAUUCCGAGUGAAAGAAUCUUCUAUUGUUUAUGUGAAGUGUCAAAGUGCAUAAAGUCUACUGUACAUACGUUUUAUUAAUGUUUUUAAACGUGUUACGUAUAGAGUAUGGCCCGGGAUGGUCGUUUUCUCUCUUUAUGUAUAGUUAGGACCAAAUUUUUGCAAAUUUAUUCCUAUUCUAGUUACUAAAGAAAGCGUCGGACGGUGGAUUAACUCUUAUUAUCAUAUUUGCUGAUUAUAUUUUUUACUUUGCUCCACGUAUCUUUGUAAAUCUGAAGUUAGCCAAUUGACUCCUUACUUAAGUAUUGUCGAGAAGCUUUCCUUGUCCGAAGUUGGCUACAAAGAUGAUGCAAACACUUACGCGCAUGCGUGAUGUGUCAAAUAGCUAACUUCAGAUUGGCAAAGUUGGGUGGGGCAAAUUGUACGAUUGCAGUUGUUAAAUACAUUUUGGUUUUGUCCAUUGAAAAGCUUUAUUUACACACUGAAGACUCCGAAAGGCUUAUAGUCAAAAUAUUACUGUGAUUCGUAAUUUUAUGAAUCAAAAUGAACGCCAUAUUUAUUUAUUUAUAAUACAUACUUUCAUUGAUUCUGAUCAAUCUAUUUUCAGGUUUUUAGCAUCUAACGUUAACAUUGUAGAAUUGUAUCAAAACUUUUGCAAGAACUUUCAUGUAUGGUCUAUCCGUCUGACGCAUUUAAAAAUUCAAAUUUUUGAAAUCUUAUCGAGUCCUAGCUUAUGUAAUAAGCUUUCGCUCUUUAAUAUCUUUCGCAUAGUAAAUGGGAGUAAAAAUUAACAAUUAUAGACUUAGAUAAAUAAAAAAUUAAUAGUUUUUCGUAUUAACUGUUUCUUACUUUGGUAGAUUUAUAUGUGUUGGUUGUGGCAACACUGAGGUUUUGGUAGAAAAGACUGAUGUUGAUUUGUUCGUGUGGUGGUACAAAAAUCUUUUUAAAAUUCUUUUUUUUAUAUUUUACUAAGAAACAAUUAAAUGCUUUUAAUCUUAAAAUAUGGAAGCCACAAGAACAAUCAACAACAUAAAACUAAUAUUGAUAUGAUUGUGUAAAUGAGGCGUGAGACUAAAAACGAAUGAAACCCAGUGUUGCCAUAGUCAAAAUUGUUAUCUAUUUGGGGUCAGUAAAUUAAAAUUUUAAGUAGGUAUUUCGAAAUUAUGAGGGUACAUUUAGUACAAUAUUUAUAAAUUAAGUUGUGAUUUUUUUUAAUAUAGUAGUAGAUAUUAUGUAUUUUUAUUAAUUUUCAAUUUAAUUCCAGGUUUUUAAGAUUUUGUGCAAUAUUUUUAGCUACACUCUGUAGAAUAAGUUUUAUUUUUCUAUUUUAUGAUUCUAUGAUAUUUUUACGAAGAUGGAUUACAUAAUGCAUGCACAAACUUUAACUUUACCCAUGUAUGUAUAAAAAUGAUCAUUGUUUUAGUAACAUGGGUAAAAUAGGUUCCAAUAUUUUAUCUAUCUGUUGUUUCGCUUACUAGAGAUAAGGAUUUGACAUUACUUGUAUGGGGCUAAUGUUAAAAUUCUAUCUCUACUAAGCUAAUGAAUAGAAAGAUCUCCUAUUAGAAUCAGUAAAACAUAAAAGAACCUCGUUCUUCUUGGGAAGUCGGUUAAAAAUUAUGCUGCGUAGCCUAAAUAAGUUCUUAUUUAGUAAGUAACUUAUAUUAUUUUCAUAUUUGUUGUCUCAUCCUCAUAAUUUUGAAAUUUUUAACGCCUUGGACUUGUAGACUGUAUAAUUUUGUUAUGCAUUUUUUUUAACAAGAAGUUAUUUAAAUGUAGAAGAUGUUUAAAAUAAUAUUGUUGAAGCUGCUUUUAUUUAUGAUGGCAAAUCAUCAGAUGAAACUUCCCACUGUGUGUGCAGCGCUCGGGAGUGUCAGACUCUUACUGACCAAACCCCACCAUGUUCCUUCUUCAGCCCAUUAUGUACCAGCGCCGCGGUAAUGAGCGCGAACAAUCCGGCAGUCAAAAAUAAAUUUCUUUAUCAUAUUCAUGUGUUGUCUUUAAAUAAUGUCAUUUUGAUUUAGGGUUUUAAUGGAAUAAUUGAUUUAACUUUCUUAUUUAUAAUAUAAUCAAAAUAAGUACACAGUUUGAUGUGAAAAAAAAUCUGUGUCGUCAUAGCUCACGUUUUAAAAUUGAAAAUAAAAAUCAUUAUAUUGUCUAUCUAGUCCAUGGCUAAGUUUAUAUAAUUAUAGUAUAAAUGUUAUACAUAUGUAUAUAAGGUUAUUAUUUAGUUGAUGUUCGCCAACUGGUUUUUCAGCUACAGUCUUAAAUAUUUCCGACAAUAAGAAGAAUAUAUAAAUAGAAAAUAAAUCCGACAAUAAGGGCAACUUUUGCAGCAUAAAGUAAAAUUCCUGUCAAGCGCGAAUUUCAUCUUGUACCUCUCGCGCCCACUGUCAACCGCCGAAAAGUGGUUUCUGUUAUAUCGGGUGUGUCGUUCACAAUCACAUUAAAUGAAAUGCGUUAAUAUACUGGUUAAUAUAUGUCGAUUAACACAAAGAAAAAAGAAAAAUACGUA